UGCUUUCCUGUCAUGUGGACGCUUGUCUACAGGGAACAAAAUUGAGACCAACUCCUUUCACGCAGGCCACCGAGUAGCCGAAAGAGGAUAACAAGUUGUGGUCACUGGUGGCCGGUUCUGGAUUUAAAUCAGUGACCCAAGAUGAAAAGCUCCGCCAAUCCCCUGAGCCAUGUAGCUGUCCGAGGAUGAGCGUGGUAUGCCCUGAGUUGUGUUUUCACCUCUGUUUCUGAUUUACUGUACUAUGCGCGCCCUGCGUACUUUAUAGGCUUCUUGUAGAAGUUCAGCUGCUGCUGAUUUAGAAUUUCUGAGGCUCUAUCAGAAAAACUAAUAAAAGAGGGGAAAAAAAGAGAACCUCAAUCAUCAAUACCAAGAAUAUGAAACCAAACCUCUAAAGCUUCCUGGUUGUGAAGCAAAAGAAGGAGCGUGUGUUUCAACCACACUGCCAGCAGGUGGACUCUGAAAGAUCUUAUACACCUCGCACUUCCUGUGGAGACAGCCAGAAGAACAAAGCCAGUGGAGGUGCCUUUUCUCCUCACCAUCCCACUAUCUGUUAACUCGCGGCCUCCAGCCCCUCAGUGCAAUCCGGGGGAGCAAGAUGAAGUGGAAGGGGAUUGUUAUCUCUGCUGUCCUGCAGGCACAGCUCCCAAUUACAGAUGCUGCACCGGUUCCGGGACUGACAGACCCGAGACUGUGCUACAUACUGGAUGGGAUCCUCUUCAUCUAUGCAGUCAUCAUUACGGCCCUCUUUUUGAAAGCUAAGUUCAGCAACGCUCCUGAAUCCCAAGCUCUGCCGGAUCAGAAUGACGUGUAUAAUAAAUUGUCUCGUACAACCAGAGAUGACUAUGAUGUUCUGGGAACUAAAAAGAGAGGCUCUGACCUUGAAAUGGGAGGGAGAAAUCAGAGAAGAAAGAAGCCUCAGGACGCUGUUUACACUUCUUUGCAGAAGGACAAGAUGGGCGAGGCAUACAGUGAAAUUGGGAAGAAGGGAGAGCACCAGAGGCGGCGAGGCAAAGGGAACGAUGGCGUCUACCAGGGACUCAGCUCUGCAACCAAGGACACAUAUGAUGCCCUCCAGAUGCAGCCGUUGCCCCCUCACUAAGUGGCAUUCAUGCAGUGGAUGGGCAAGACGGAGAAGUCCAGAUGCUUUGGGGGAGGAGAGAAGGGAAACAAUCAUCACUCCAAAAAGGCCAUUCAGUCAACACCCAUUUUUUCAGGACUGCAAAUUACAUAUGCGCGAUUCAUUGCACAAAGUAGGACGAGUCUGGAUUUAGUUCCCCUCCUCCCUUCCCCCCCUUCAAAACUAUACAAUCUCAAGCUUUAGCUUUUAAAUGUACAUAUCUGUAAAACUAUUCCUAAUGAUCGUGGCUGUUUUGUACCAGCAAGUGUUGGGCAGGAGACUAGGACUUUGGGUUCUCUUCCUCCUCGUUGAGCCGGUUUCUCUGGCUAUUUAAAUAGCAAAAAAACCCCCCCCCCCCAAACUACACCUCACCUCACAGGUGGCUGAGGUUUAAUUACUGGCUAAAGCACUUUUAAGGUCCUCGAAAGGAAGGUGCUAUCGCUACGCCCAGUAUUAUCUACAGGAAGAAUAAUCUGAAUCAGCAUAACUAGGGCAGUCUCGCGCCAAUAUUUUUCUGCUGUAAAUGUAGCUUUAUUUCUAAGCUGGUUUUAGCUGUGGAGAGCUGUUCUUACUGUGGACGAUGACAUGUUCCUUGAGUGAAAGACAAAUGCUAAAAGCAGGCUGAGGAGGAAUCAGUGCUCGGCUGCAACAAGCUAUCAAGAAAACAACAUCCCAGUGUGAACAGCUCUUGCAGCACAUGGACGGCAUCCAGAAAUGCUAAUGGAAAUAUAUGAAAGCUAGGACGCCUUUACCGGCGAGGUUCCACAGUAAAAACAGGAGUGGUGCAGCAUACAGAUUUUACCACCUCCAUCAUCCAUUAUGAUGUGAGCCAGGGGACUAGGCCUCUGUAAGGACUGACAUUUGAAAUAAUGCUGGAGAACACUGGGAAAGUUGGGAUUUAAUUAAAAAGGGAAGUUUUUAAGACAAUCCAAAACUUGACCUCUUUCUUCCCUCACUGUUGCUCAAGCCACACAAUUUUUUAAGGGCUAUUCCUUCCCCACUUAAAGUACAGCACCAAAGUAUGUUCCUGUUAUAUAAAACAAUGCCAGCAAGUGAUGAGUAUAUUGCUAAGGAAAGUGUACAAAAGCCGAAAGAAAUGUAAGAAUUUGUAAAUACCUUGCAGAAUAAGUUUAAAGAUGAGCAGUACAGAUUCAAGACAAAGGUGAUGGUGGCUCAGCAAUUCAGACGGUUUUUGAUAAGGUAAUAAAAUUGAUGGGGAAGCCAUGGAUGCGUAAAUGUGUUUACCUGAGCCUUGUGCCAUUCCUGCCGUUGGAUUUAAAAAAAACCCCUCAUCUGUGUUAGGGAAUAAGACAACCACGAACCAGGGGUGGGGGAGUUCCCCUUUAUGCGGUCUCUGGCUCUAGUAGUUCUUCCAGGACUCGCAAGGCAUCGAACAUGCAAGGUGGUUGGAAGACUAACGGGCUGGCCCUAGUGCUAUGCACAUGGUAAUUGCAUCCUUUCCUAUUUUCCAAAUUCAGUCUUUACAUUCAAGAAACUUUGCCUACGGUCCCAAGAAGACAACCCAGGCUGCUGCUUCUCUUCUAAAAAAGAAGAGUGGACAAUGCCUUGGUGCCAGAGCAAAAGCUUCUAGAAAAGAGCUGAUCACCCACAAUAUCCUGCAAUCUGUUGGGCACAACUGACAAAUAGCAAGAGGGAACAUCUCUCAGGCCCAGCUUGGUGGAUCUGAAGAACAGAAAUAAGGAAAUUUUUUGCCCGCAAACUAUUGACAUGUAUUUAAAAACCACAAACAAGUGCAUACAUGUUAAAACACUUGGAAAAUGGUUUAAUGAUGUUUACAACAGAAAUGAACUGUACAGUUACAGUAAGUUUAAUAUAUAUAAAAAAUUACAGCAGACAAAUGCAUCUACACAAAAUCUACCAUUUCAUCCUGAUUCACUGUAAUCUACACAAUCUCUCAAUGCCUAUAGCCACCUGCAGGCAGCCACUGGGGCAGGGGGGAUGGGGGACAUCUUUAAAGAAACAGCAUCCCUUUUAUCCCCCCAUCAAGGAAAAGGUAUCAGUUUCAAAAUCAUAGAGGUCUUUCACAUUUCAGUCUCAAGACCAGAUGAGAAUGUGUUUCAUCUGGGUACAAGUGUCGCAUUAAGGUCCCUGACUUCAAGUGUUCAGCUGACCCCAGGUGUACAAGCGAUAGUAUAGGAGGAGAGGUGAGAAAAAGGGUUUUAACACCCAGACUGCAAAUUGAUCUUUGGCUGAAGAGAAGCAUAAAAGGACUCCCCCACAGACUAUUCACAACUCAUUGCUUCACUAAAAGCUAUUGGCCAGCUUCAGCGGAAAGGGUUUUCCCCAAAUUCCAACUUUUCACUCAACGAGAAACUGAUAGUUUUCAGACUAAUGUGCUUCCAAGAUUUUUCUUAAAUAAAUCUCGGGCCACUUUCUAAAACACCCCCCCCCCC